AUGUGGGUGUGUAAUUCAUGCCGAAAGCAACAAGAAAUCCUCACAAAAUCUGGAGCUUGGUUUUAUAAUAGUGGAACUAACACCCCACAGAAGUCUGAUCAAGAGGUUUUUAGAGGACUGCAGAAUGAAAAAGCACCUCAGGACAAAAAAGCAAAGCUGCAAGAACAGUCAACCUUGGAACGAAGUAGAUCUCAAGGGCUUACAAGGCAAGACUCCAUAAAUGGUUCAGGAGGAAAGGUGGUGGGUGACACAUCAGACAGAAAAAGAAGCCCAUCAAUACCCAGGGAUCAGAACAGAAGGUUCAGCCAGCUGGAGGAGAGAGACGACUAUUCACAGUAUGCAACAUCAGAUGCUGCAAUGCCAAGAUCACCAUCAGAUUAUACAGACAGACAUUCACAACAUGGAUUGCAACCAUAUGAAGAACCUGAAAUUGAUGAUUAUAGGGAUUCUAGUAGGAGAAAUCGUAGGCGUUCAAGGGAAUAUCCUUUAGAGGAAGAUGAUGUACAGAAUAGAGGGGAAUAUGAAAGGCAGCGGAGGGAAGAAGAAUAUCAAGCACGAUACCGAAGUGAUCCUAAUUUGGCUCGUUAUCCUGUCAAACCACAACCAUAUGAAGAGCAAAUGCGCAUUCAUGCUGAAGUCUCACGUGCACGUCAUGAAAGAAGGCACAGUGAUGUGUCUUUGGCAAAUACCGAAUUGGAGGAUUCCCGGAUUUCAGUGAUGAGAAUGGACCGACCAUCGAGGCAAAGGUCUGCAUCUGAACGCAGAGCUGCCAUGGACCAGCGUUCAUAUUCAAUGGAAAGAACUCAGGGACUAAGUCCCAAUCGGCAGAGAACCACAAAUCACAGUCCUCCAACACCUAGGAGGAGUCCAAUACCUUUUGAUAGGCCAGAUAUGAGGAGAACUGAUUCAUUAAGAAAACAGCAUCAUUUAGAUCCAAGCUCAGCUGUACGGAAGACAAAACGUGAAAAAAUGGAAACCAUGUUAAGAAAUGAUUCAUUGAGUUCAGACCAGUCUGAAUCAGUUAGGCCUCCACCACCAAAGCCUCAUAAAACAAAAAAAGGAGGUAAAAUGCGUCAGGUAUCACUGAGCAGCUCUGAAGAAGAGUUGGCUUCUACCCCGGAAUAUACAAGCUGUGAUGAUGUAGAAAUUGAAAGUGAAAGUGUUAGUGAGAAAGGGGACAGUCAAAGGGGAAAAAGAAAAACUAGUGAGCAGGCAGUUUUGUCGGACUCUAACAUCUUAUCUGAAAGACAAAAGAAAAUGGUGUGUUUUGGUGGCCAGUCUUUGGAAGAGGACUUGGAAUGGUCUGAACCUCAGAUUAAGGACUCUGGGGUAGACACGUGUAGUAGCACAACUUUAAAUGAGGAACAUAGCCAUAGUGAAAAGCAUCCUGUAACCUGGCAGCCAUCCAAAGAUGGAGAUGGCUUAAUUGGCCGAAUUUUGUUAAAUAAACGCCUAAAAGAUGGAAGCGUGCCUAGAGAUUCAGGAGCAAUGCUUGGACUUAAGGUGGUUGGAGGAAAAAUGACUGAAUCAGGUCGGCUGUGUGCAUUUAUCACCAAAGUAAAAAAAGGAAGUUUAGCUGACACAGUUGGACAUCUUAGGCCAGGUGAUGAAGUAUUAGAAUGGAAUGGAAGGCUUUUGCAAGGAGCCACUUUUGAAGAAGUGUACAACAUCAUUCUUGAAUCCAAACCAGAGCCACAAGUAGAACUUGUAGUUUCAAGGCCAAUUGGGGAUAUUCCCAGAAUACCUGACAGUACACAUGCGCAGUUGGAGUCCAGUUCUAGUUCAUUUGAAUCACAGAAAAUGGAUCGGCCUUCUAUAUCAGUCACUUCUCCCAUGAGUCCUGGCAUGUUGAGAGAUGUUCCACAGUUCUUAUCUGGACAACUUUCAAGCCAAAGCCUUAGUAGAAGAACAGCGCCUUUUGUUCCUAGGGUUCAGAUAAAGUUGUGGUAUGACAAAGUUGGCCAUCAGUUGAUAGUCACAAUAUUGGGAGCAAAGGAUCUUCCUUCAAGAGAUGAUGGGAGACCAAGGAAUCCCUAUGUUAAGAUUUACUUUCUUCCUGACAGAAGUGAUAAAAAUAAAAGAAGAACAAAAACAGUAAAAAAAACAUUGGAACCCAAGUGGAACCAAACAUUCAUUUAUUCUCCAGUUCAUCGGAGAGAAUUUCGAGAGCGAAUGUUGGAAAUUACUCUUUGGGACCAAGCACGAGUUCGAGAGGAAGAAAGUGAAUUUUUAGGAGAGAUUCUAAUUGAAUUAGAGACAGCACUGCUGGAUGAUGAACCUCAUUGGUACAAACUUCAGACUCAUGAUAUGUCCUCAUUGCCACUUCCCCAUCCUUCCCCAUAUUUGCCACGCCGACAGCUUCAUGGGGAUAGCCCCACACGAAGGUUGCAAAAUAAAGGCUCAUAUUCAUAUAAUCCAGGAUCCAAAAGAAUAAGUGAUAGUGAAAUCUCAGACUAUGAUUGUGAUGAUGGAGUAGGAGUAGUGUCAGAUUACAGACAUAAUGGAAGAGAUCUUCAAAGUUCAACAUUAUCAGUGCCAGAACAAGUGAUGUCAUCCAAUCAUUGCUCUCGAUCAGGCUCUCCUCACCGUGGUGACAGUAUAGGAAGAACUAGGUCAUGGUCUCCCAGUGUCCCUCCUUUACAAAGGAAUGUGGAACAUGGGUCUCGAGGGACCCGAUCUACUCCUGCACAUUACAAUACCAUGAAUCGAAUGGAUAGACAUCGAAUAAUGGAUGACCACAACUGUCCAGACAGAGAGAGUCAUUAUCUCACUCUGCCUUGGUCCCAUCACACUCAGUCCAUUGACUACCAUCAUAGAGAUGCCAGCAAGGAUCACUCAAUGUAUCCUAACUUUUGUGAAGAUGCAGUCAGAUUACUUCGAUCGCGUACGAUGUGCCGUACCUAUUCUGAGGGUGCUUACUAUGAAUUUGAGAGGAGGAGUAGGAAGGAGGGAAGAGAGCCUAAUGCAUAUAUUGAUGACACGUUUAUUUCCCCUGCUCUUGAAAGGUAUUACAAUGGUGCAAGUUCAUGGGCAGAUCAUAUAGUCAAUGGUACAUCUGAAAAUUACAGGAAUUGGGAACCUAGACUACCAUAUCAAAGAUCCAGAUCAACAGAACAGCGUCCAGUGCUAGAGCGGCCCAGCCCCCGCUCCCGAUCCACUGAGCGUCCUGAGUCAAACCUCAUGAGAUCGAUGCCUUCAUUAAUGACUGGAAGAUCUGCCCCUCCCUCACCUGCAUUAUCGAGGUCACAUGUUCAUUCGGGGUCUGUCCAGACAAGCCCAUCAAGUACUCCGGUAGCAGGACGCAGGGGUAGACAGUUGCCACAACUCCCACCAAAAGGGACACUGGAGAGAA